AUGGAAUAUUCUCUGGCUUCAAAUAAUCCUUUUGAUUUUCCAGAAAAUAAUAAAUUGGCGCCCUUAAGAACAAAAUUUAGUUCUAGUUCUUAUGCAGAACGAAAUUUUAAUCUUAAAAGUAAUAAUAUAGAAAAAGAAUUUUCAUCUGCUCCAAAUUUUCGGGAUUUUGGAAAAUUUUCGGAUGUUGAGUAUCCAUUAACAGCUAAUGAAUUGUGGAAACCUAAUUAUUGGAACUGUCCAAAUAGUGUAAAUACAAUUUGCGAAAAUCAGCCUAUCAUAAACUCAAAUCUAAACCACACGUUCACUCAUAAAGGGUUAACGAGCAAUUUUAAAAAACAAUGCCUUCCUGAAUCAGUACUAUCUUUCUCAACCAAGUCUUAUUCAGAUCCUAAAAAAAACUACAUGAUGCUAAAAAAUAAACAAAUAAAUAAUCUUAUAAAAACAAUGAAUAAAAGUAAUGAAACUUUACUGAAAAAUAAAGAUAGUAUAUGUAUCAAAGACAAUUACGAAUCACAAAAAUCGGACAUAGAUGACUCAAUAAGUAUAUAUGUUGAUAAGUUUAACAAUCAAAUGAUAUCCCUAUUAAAACCAGCAUCAGGGAGUGAAAUUUUACACACGAAAACAAAUUUAAGUAACGUAUGUAAUAAUAAUGAUUUCUUUGCUUCUGACUGUGAAGCAAAACUCAAACGUUCGGAAAAUAUAGUAAAUUCAUAUACGGACAAAUUUAAUGACGAAAUGUCUGCAAUAAUAAAAUUUGUUGCUGAUAAUAUUGUAUUAAAUAACAGCAAAUGCUCUGAAGAAAAUUUAUUGGGUAGGAAAGAGACUGAAAUUCAUAAUUUAAAUUCACCAAAAACAAAUAUUGAAGAAAAUUCUUUCAAUAUAUUUAAUCCAACAUUAAAAAACACCGAAAACCAAGUACAAUUAUAUGCUGAUGAAUUCAACGAUAAAAUGACAUCAAUAAUAAAAACUACAGCUGAUAAGUGCCUUUCACAAAAUAUUGAACUACCAAUGAUGAACUAUAAUUUACAGUCUUCUAAUCAAGGGAUAAAUGAUUUUGACCGGGAUUAUGAAACCAAGUUUAAAUUGUUUGGAGACUCAGUAAACUCAUAUACUGAUAGAUUCAAUGAAAAAAUUACAUCAGUGUUAAGUGCAAAAUUUAAUGAUAUGUUAUUCAGUAAUCUUCAAUGUCCAAAAGAGGCUGAAAUUCAUAAUUUAAACUCACCAAAAACAAGUAUUGAAGAAAAUUCUUUCAAUAUAUUUAAUCCAACAUUAAAAAACACCGAAAACCAAGUACAAUUAUAUGCUGAUGAAUUCAACGAUAAAAUGACAUCAAUAAUAAAAACUACAGCUGAUAAGUGCCUUUCACAAAAUAUUGAACUACCAAUGGUGAACUAUAAUUUACAGUCUUCUAAUCAAGGGAUAAAUGAUUUUGACCGGGAUUAUGAAACCAAGUUUAAAUUGUUUGGAGACUCAGUAAACUCAUAUACUGAUAGAUUCAAUGAAAAAAUUACAUCAGUGUUAAGUGCAAAAUUUAAUGAUAUGUUAUUCAGUAAUCUUCAAUGUCCAAAAGAGGCUGAAAUUCAUAAUUUAAACUCACCAAAAACAAGUAUCGAAGAAAAUUCUUUCAAUAUAUUUAAUCCAACAUUAAAAAACACCGAAAACCAAGUAAAACUAUAUGCUGAUGAAUUCAACGAAAAAAUGUCAUCAAUAAUAAAAACUACAGCUGAUAAGUGCCGUUCACAAAAUAUUGAACUACCAAUGGUGAACUAUAAUUUACAGUCUUCUAAUCAAGGGAUAAAUGAUUUUGACCGGGAUUAUGAAACCAAAUUUAAAUUGUUUGGAGACUCAGUAAACUCAUAUACUGAUAGAUUCAAUGAAAAAAUUACAUCAGUGUUAAGUGCAAAACUUAAUGAUAUUUUAUUCGGUUAUCUUCAAUGUCCAAAAGAGGCUGAAAUGCAUAAUUUAAACUCACCAAAAGCAAAUAUUGAAGAAAAUUCUUUGAAUAUAUUUAAUCGAACAUUAGAAAACACCGAAAACCAAGUAAAACUAUAUGCUGAUGAAUUCAACGAAAAAAUGUCAUCAAUAAUAAAAACUACAGCUGAUAAGUGCCUUUCACAAAAUAUUGAACUACCAAUGGUGAACUAUAAUUUACAGUCUUCUAAUCAAGGGAUAAAUGAUUUUGACCGGGAUUAUGAAACCAAAUUUAAAUUGUUUGGAGACUCAGUAAACUCAUAUACUGAUAGAUUCAAUGAAAAAAUUACAUCAGUGUUAAGUGCAAAACUUAAUGAUAUUUUAUUCGAAAAUCUUCAAUGUCCUAAAGAAAUAGAUAACUAUGAAAAAUAUUUGCAUCAUGAGGAAUCUCCUGAUUCAUUUUGUCAAAUAAAACAGAAUUCUACAACACAAGAACCCAAAAUAAACAUAAAUUAUACCAACGUAAAAUCAGAUAAUCCAUUAAUUUGUAACGAAAAUGUUAAAUAUAUUGAAAGCAGAAUUUCCGAUGAAGAAAAAAUAUUAUUUGAAAACAGUAGUAAAGGUUCAGAAAAUGAAAAGCAAGAGAAUAUUGAUAAGUUAAAAGAUGAUACUUUCUUUUCUAAUGAAGAGUUUACAACGGAUGCAUAUCCUGAGAGCGACAAUUCUGGGUCAUUUUAUGCAUUAAGUACGGUUGCCCCAACAAAAUCCAUACUAGAUGCUAAUGUAAUAAUAGAACCUGAAAAAUCAUUGUAUUCUGACGAAGUGGAGCAAUAUUUUAUGUUGGUA